UUCAGAUUAUGAAAGAAGAGAAAGAUGAAUAUGGAUUCGACUGGCCUCCUAAUUUUGAUAAAGAUCAACACUGGCGGUAUACACAUAAGAGGAAACUUACAGACCUACAGCUUGUUGCUGAGUGGGAUGCCUUAAACGGUGUCUAUAAGAGAAGUGAAACUCUAAAAAAACUGGUCAGAAAAGGGAUCCCACGCCAGUACAGAGUUGAUGUAUGGCUAUCAAUAUCUUCAGCAGGUAAGAACAUGAUGGAAAACAAGGGGCUGUUCAACGAAUUAGCCACCAGGUCUUCAGAUAAGAACACAAACAGUGAUAUUAAAGAUACAAGUGGAGAGUGUGUCCUUGAUAUCAUAAAACGGGACCUGUCUAGAACUUUUCCUGAGAAUCCAUCCUUCAAAGAACCAGUUAUGUUGAACAAUAUGCAGGACAUUUUGGCAGCCUUCUGCCUUCAUAGACCAGAUAUAGGUUACUGCCAGGGUCUCAAUUUCAUUGUAGGUGCUUUGCUUGUCGCAACCCAACGCAAAGACGGAGAACUGGUCCCUGAGGAAUGUUUUUGGCUCUUAGUUGCUCUUGUUGAAAUCCUCCCAGACUAUCACUCCAACAAAAUGACUUGUUUAAAUAAUGAUUGUUUAGUUCUCAAUGACUUGGUUAGGAAAACUGUUCCUCAGACCCAUGCAAAUGUGACCCUGUUUGGGCUUCCCCUGCAAAUGUUUGUUACCAAAUGGUUUGUUUGCCUUUUUGUUGAUGUUCUGCCAUUUCACACUUUACUGCAUGUCUGGGACACUUUGUUCUAUGAAGGAAACAAAAUACUGUUCCGUGUUGCGGUGUAUCAGUUUAUUUUACACAAAAGAGAGCUUAAGAAGUUGAAUGAUCCAUCUGGAUUGGCCAUGUUCUUCAGAGAUCUCUUCUGGGAUGGUAAAGCUUGGGACAACUUUGAAUAUAUGAGAAAGGUAUUUAAGAAAACAAAGAAGAUGAAAAGAAAAUACAUCGAACACAAAAGAAUGACCAGGGCCAAUGAAACGGAAGUUUGAAAAACAUUUUUAUGUUAGUAAUAGUGUUCAAUUAUUUGUUUAAAUCUAUUAAAAUGCAAAAUAAGCUUGUCAAAAUCAUUUUCUUACAUGUGAUUUGUCUCAAUUGACCGUUGUUGUUUAAAAUCUUUGCGUAGUCCAUUUAAAAUAAUUUUAAUCUUUUCUGCGAAAGUUCGAAAAAAUGCCGAAAGGAAGUUAUGUCAACUGCAGUAUUCAGUAUUCACUCCUGUAUAAUAAUUAUUUAUAUUAAUUUAUUGAAACUUAAUCAGUUUAUGACAAAGAGUUGCUGAUAGGAAUAUGAAAUGAUAUAUGUUUGAUGAGGAUAAUAUUCGUGUCCAUUGCGUUUUGUAAUCUUUUUAAUGUUUAUUGAACCGGAGUUGGUUUGUAAAGAAUGUAUUGGGAUAUCGCACAAGUUGUAAAAUGAAUAUUGAAAAAGGAAUUCUACAAAAGAUGAACCACAAAAUAAAUUUUCAAACUAAAAUGGGUGAUAAGUAUGUUAUGUAAUAUGUUUGGUAGAGGGUUAAUCACACUUGAUACUUAAUUGUUCAAUUAAUCAUGUCAAUAAUAUUUUGAGACUUUUCUUUGCGAUUUUCUCCUGAUACUUCACCUUGAAUGACUUAUCCGAUAUUUCGUUUAACUGUUUUGUAGUUUUUGAUAGAUUAAAUUAUUGAUUAUAACUCCACAGGUAGCGUAGAUCACAUAUUUGAGAUUUGAGAGCCAUUAAUUACUCAGCUCACAUGAUUAAUGUCUUAAUAAGUUUUAAAUCUAUUUAUUCUUAUUUGUUCGUUUUUUAACGUAUAAAAGUGAUUCUAUCCAGCCGCAGAUAAUAAUAGUUUCAGAUUAACUAUUAAAUUAUAAAAUGGAAAUUAUUCAAAUCACUGUUUUCAGUAAGUGUUGCUUGGUAUGUUUAAAUCGGUUUGUUUUAUCUAAUUUGAAUUCCAAUAUUUUGAAUUU